AUGGCCGCCGAGCACUGCUGUGUGCCUCAGUGCAUGUCGGAUACACGUUACGACAAAUCGGUCAGUUUCCACAGCUUCCCUCAGGAUGCCGAUUUGCGGAAACUUUGGAUAGUGGCCAUUCGACGCGACGAAGGACCGUUUUUUACGGUAACGAAGAAAACAACUGUCUGCUCCAACCAUUUUCUGAAUGAGGACUAUAAGUACACGCCAGUCAGGAGAACCUUGAAGCAAGGGAUUGUGCCAUCCUUGUUUCCCUGGAGCUCUGCCAAAAAACCAAGGAAAGGUCCACCAUCAAGACAACCCCUCCAACCCAUAGCAAGAAUGAGAAAACAAAGUUUGGAGAACUUGCAACAAGAGCCUGCCUUUGUGAAGCCUGAUGCUGGGACACAGACUGACCUCUGCCUUCCUGACACCCAACAGCUCCUGUUGCGGAUCCAGCAGCUUCAGCAGGAGAAAGAUGAUCUCAGCAGGCAGCUUACUGUUGAGAGAUUUGGUGUUGAACGUUUCUCCCAUGAUGAUGCCAUGAUGCAAUAUUACACCUCCUUCAGAGAUUAUCACUCUUUCAAAAUAUUUUUCGACUUUGUCAAACCCAGUGCUUUUAACAUGUGA